CGAAACAGGGUCGCUGACAGCAUCAGCAGGAUCGUCGGCGCCAGGAGCGUUCCGCCUGAACCCCACCUUCCAGCAGCAGCUGCAGCAGGCGCUCACGUCAGGUGCGCCCGUGUCUCGACCCAGUGUGCCGGCCUCAGUGGCCACCCGCCUGCCAUCGGCUGCUGAGCUGGCAGCCCAUGCCACGAGCCACUGGGAGGCAGUGCUCAUGCAUCUCAUAUCGCCGCCGUCCAUAGCUGGGGGGCACGGUGCUGCUGUCAUCACACGCGUGCUCAUACGAGCUGGCCUGCUCACCCACUCGGGUUCCUCUCUCUCAGUCGUGUCAACCUCCGCCUUCCCCUUCCUUCUCAAAGACCGGAACGAGCAGCUGUGGGCGAUAGUGUCGAGCUACAUUGAGUUGGCCCAGGACAGGGGGCAUGACAGUGGGGAUGUGAUCGCGUUUCUCCUGGAGCUCGGAUUCCACAACAUUGGAAGGGUACAGUUACAACAUUGGAAGGCCAUACAGCAUGUCAACGCUGACCAGCAUGCAGCAGGAGAUGGUGGAGGAGAUCGCACAGCUGGGCUUCGUGCUCACUCACAAGGGGAGGCACGAUCAGUGGUUCAUCCCGACUCACCUUGCAGCUGCGCUCUCCUCCAGCCUAUCCGAAUCCGCCACGUCAGAUUCAGAGCGUGGCAGGGCUUCAUAGUGGUGGAGACCAACUUCAGAGUGUAUGCAUACACGCACUCCAAGCUGCAGGCGGAGAUCCUCUCCCUCUUCAUGAGGCUAGAGUAUCGACUGCCCAACCUGGUGGUGGGAGUGAUGAAUCGAGAGACUGUCAACAACGCCCUUGCCCUCGGCAUCGUUGCAGAGCAGAUAGUGCAGUACGUGCGCAAGAAUGCUCAUCCCCUGGUGGCCACCAAGGCGCCGGUGGUGCCCGAGACAGUGGUGGACCAGAUCCGCCUGUGGGAGUUUGACCGCAAUCGAGUGGCCACCACUGCUGCUGUGCUCUACAAUGACUUCCCCACCCAG